AUGUCGACUUCCGCAGAACAGCUCGCACAAGCUGCUGAGGGUCCCGCGUUGAUUGGCAUCUUCCUCAAUGUCAUGUUGUACGGUGCUAUGAUCACCCAGACGUUCUUUUACUUCUCUACCUAUAAGACCUGGACGCGCAAAGGCAUCAGAGAUCCGGCAUGGAUCAAGGCCUACGUCUUCAUCCUCUUCUUGGCAGACACACUCAACGCCGUCUUCAACAUCGCCUGGAUCUAUGGCGUGCUCAUCACCAAUUUCGGCGCGCUUUCUGGCUUUGUUCUAGGAAACGAGGAGGCCUUGGGAACGGGUAACUGGUUGUUCCAGACAGGUGACCCGAUUUGUCUAUGUAUACAGCUAUAUUAUGUUGAAUCAACGAUCUCGCGAUCAGAGGAAGCAAUGACGGGCAUCAUCUCGAUGCAAGUCCAGUUCUUCUAUGCAUGGCGACUACACAAGCUCACCGGCAACAAGCUCGUCGUUUCCGCGGUCGUCAUUUCCUCUCUAGUCGGCGGUCGUACUGCAAUCGGAGUCGGCAUGGUCCGGGAGUUCGCCAAGCUGCAGCGUCUCAAGGUGAUCGUCUCGCUCUGGCUGAUCGGAUCCGCUGUCUGCGAUGUUGUAAUCACGGUCUCUCUGACUUGGCACUUGCGGAAACAUCGCACCGGCUUCGCCCGCACGGACACCGUGAUCACCAAGAUCACGCAGCUGAUCGUGUCGAAUGGCUUGCUGACAGCCAUCUUCGCCGUGGCUGAUAUCGUCGCAUUCCUUGCUUCGAGCAAGAGCUACCAUCUCAUCUUCAACUUCCCCUUGUCGAAGCUGUACGGCAACUCUGCUAUGUCCAGCCUGAACGCCCGAUCGAUCCUAGUCAACAGCACGUCGAAGAGCGCACCGUCAUAUCAAGGCGAUGCUAACGCAAGGGUCGCACUCGGAAAUGGCGCCGUGGGGAGCGUAGCGGGCAAGGGCAUGGGACGGAGUGCACAGAUAAUGGUGAAUGUGGAGACACAUGAGAUGGCAGAUGUCGUCGGGAAGCCCAUACACGAUGUAGAAUGGCAAAAAAGCUCCGCUGGCAGCGAUACCAACUUGAAGGCCAUGGGCCUCUGAUCCUCAAGCAUGCCAUAGUAGUACUCAUGAAUGCCAGCGACACCCGCUCCAUACUGUUUUGUGCGUACAUUACUAGUGCCGUUGUAGAUCUCUAUUCCAAGCCCCUCGCUGGCCUGGUAGCACCGAAGGAUUUUCGUGCAGGUAUCACAAAGCGUUG